UUUAGCGCACAUGCAGCGUCCAAUGCUUGUCCAUUCACUGCCGCCGCCUACCUGACUCCGACGCAUCGCCCACCGCCAUGUUCCCAGUUUAGCGCACAUGCAGCGUCCAAUGCUUGUCCAUUCACUGCCGCCACGUACCGUACUCCAACGCAUCGCCAACCGCCAUGUUCACAGAACUUCCCUCUCACACCCGGAUGUGUGUUGUCCGCUGUAUCGCCAUGGGUACCACCGAGCACCGGUGAAUCAUCAUGUCACCUUGCCAGAAUCAUCCUCAUCUCUUUCUUUCCUGUCUCUUCGUCUCUAUGCCUCUGCCUCUCUCCUCGUCUUCUAUCUUCUUCUCUGGCCUCAGUUUCCUCUCCUUAUCCUUCUCCUGUCCUCUUGCUCAUACUUCUCUCUUCUCUGCUGUCUUCUUCUCCUCUACUCUUCUCUCUAUCUUCUCUCUCUCUUCCUUCUUCUCUCUUCUGCUCUUCUUCUCUCUUCUCCUUCUUCCCUUCAUUGCUCUCGUGGAACUUCUGUCUUCUAUCUGUAUCUGGUGUCAUUCAAUGCCCAAAAUUACUACCUUGCUUUCUCUCUCUGUCCUGUCGUUCUUCCUUCUCUCCUUGCUCUUCAUUAGCUUCUUCCUGCUCUCUCUUCUCUCUUGGUCCUCUUCGCUCUUCUUCUCCCUGGCUUGACUCUCUUCCAAUUCGUUUUCUUUUUACUUCUGUUCUUGCUGUCUUCUUUCUUCUUAUCUUCCCUUCUUCAUUUGCUAUCUCCAAUUUCCUCUCUUCUCUCGUAUUCUUCGUUAGCUCUCUUUCUUUUAACUGCUCUCGUUCUUCUGUCUUCUUCUCCCUUGCCCUCCUCUGCUCUCUUCUUUCAAAUCUCUUUCUUCUGUACCCCAUCUUCUUUUUCUUUUCUUUCUUUACUGUACUCUCUCUAUCUUCUUCUCUAUCUUCUUCUCCUCUACUCCUGUUCUUCUUGCGUUCCUAUUCUCGUCUUCUCUCUGCAUCUGUCCUCUCUUCUUCUUCCUUUCAUGUCGUUCUCUUAAGCUUUCUCUUCUUUCUUCUAAACGUCCUGUCGCUUCUGUGUCUUCUUCUUCUGUCUCCUUCUGCUCGUCUCUCUCUGUCCCUCUUCUUCUCAGCUUCUCUCGUCUCCUGUACUGUCUCUCUACUUACUUCUAUCUACUCUUGCUCUUCCUCUUCUGCUCUUCGUCGUUCUCUUCUCUUCUCUUCUGCGCUUCUGUCCUUCUUCUUUCUUUCUUGCUUCCUGGUCUCCUUCUUUCUAUUCUCUCUUUCUUCUUCUUCUGCCCAAUUCUUCGUUCUAUUGAACUCUAUCUUCUCUCUCUCUGAUCUUCCUGCUUUCUCUCUUCUCUUCGUCUCUUCUCUUCUUCCUGUCUUCUCUUCUUCUUCUCUUCCUUCUUCCUGCUCUGCUCUACCUCUUCUCCUCUUCUCUCUACUCUUCUGUUCUGUCUCUGGUCUCUUCUAUCUCUUCUCUUCGUCUCUUUCUUCCCUAAUCUUCUUUCUUUUCUAUCACUCAUCCUUCUUCUGUCUCUUGUCAGUCCUCUGUCUCUCUUCUCUUCUCUAUUCUUCGUCCUUCGUUCUUCUUCAUCUUCUCUCUAGUCUUUGCGCUUCUCUCUUUCUCUCUCUUUGUGCAUCUUCUGAUCCUUCUUCUUCGUAG